AUGUCAAGUUCAAAUACAGAUCCCGUUCCUGAUUGUUCUGCACAACCAGGUGACGUGCAUGAAUAUUACGUUAAAGAGGUUGAGAAAUACUCUCGUUUGCGCUCCUUGGAAGACAAAGAAAACGAAGAGGCUUCGCUAGCUCUUGCAGCUCAGCUUCUGUAUGAAGAUGGUUGUAGUUUAACAGAUGAUAUCCCGAUAUCUGACGAGCAUGUUGACAGUUGUCAUCACAUUAACAACGACCGUUACCCAGUGUUAUCAUCUUCUAAAGUUAGAAGCGUUGCAGCGGAACACAAGAAAAAACAGGGCAACAAAGCACCUAAAAUUUGCAAGACAUUACUGGAUUACGCUGUCGAUACUUUAAGUGCAGAAACGGAGCCGGAGGAACAGAUUUUACGUGAUGAAAAAUUCGCUCGACAGUUGCAAGCUCAGUAUUCAAGAUUGUCGGAUAAACCGAUAAAGCAAACGCGUUCACGACGGAGAAAGUGA